UCGGUUCAUUUUCUCGGACGUCACAUUUGAGGAGGGGAGAAGAAACACCUGCUUCUGCGUGGGACAUGGAGCCGCUGAGUGCUGAAGCACCUGAUGGCUUCUUUGACAUUCUGGAGGAGAGGAGGCGGAGCAGUGACAUAAGCCACGCCUUCCGAUCCUUCAACCCUCAGCCGUAUCGAGGAGCCACAUCCACAUCAGCUGCCGCUCUCAACAGGACGGUGCUGGAGUCACAGUAUCUGAACUACAUCAUACAGGAGAUCAUGGUUGAGUGUGAUGAACCGCGCGAGGCUCUUCUAGAAGAAGCGUCUGCAAUAUUAGUCGAGAUGAGUCAAAACCUUCAGCUGGGUUUCAUCCGUCUGCUGGGCUUCGCACUGAGCAAAGUUUUCAAGAGACUUUUCAGCUCUAUACAUGUGAACGAGGAUGGACUCGCAUGGCUCCAGCAGGCCAUUCAGGAGUAUCCCGUCAUCCUAAUGCCCAAUCACAGGAGCUACGUGGACUUCCUGGUUCUGUCCUACAUCAUGUUCACCUAUGACCUCUCCAUCCCGGUCAUUGCAGCUGGAAUUCCUCUGAUGGGGAUGAAGCUGAUAGGUGAGAUCUUUCGGCGGUCCGGAGCUUUCUUCAUCCGCCGCGCCAUCGGCUCUGAUAAGCUGUACUGGGCAGUGCUGUCUGAAUAUGUCAGAACCAUUGUGCGGACGGGUUAUGCUCCAUUAGAGUUUUACGUUGAAGGAUUACGAAGUAGAACGCUGAAAUCUCUCACACCAAAACUAGGAAUGAUGCACAUGGUGUUGGAGCCGUUUUUUAAAGGAGAAGUAUUUGACAUCAGCCUGGUUCCCAUCAGCAUCAGCUAUGAGCGUGUGCUGGAGGAGUCUCUUCUGGCUCAUGAGCUGCUCGGAGUGCCCAAACCCAGAGAGACCACAGGGGGUUUGCUGAAGGCCAGGACGGUGCUGAAUGACGAUUACGGCUGCAUGCAUGUGUGCUUCGGCCAGCCGCUGUCUGUGAGAGACCUGCUGAAUGGAAAGAUAAACCACAGACAGUACAAUCUGGUACCCAGAGAUCUUCCCAUGAAGCCCAAUAAGGAGACGCAGGAUCUUGUGUCCGGUCUUGCCCACAUGAUCAUCCGUUUGCAGGAGAGAAACACGAUCCUGAGCAUCUGGAACCUGAUGGCUGUGCUCCUCCUCCAGAACCUCCAGGGCAUUGAUUUGGAUCUGCUGACCCAGAAAACCCAGUGGCUGAGGAGAAUCUCCCUGCAGUUUGGAGCCCGUCUCAGAUGGCCCAAGCACUUAUCGGAUUCUGAAGUGAUGUCAUCAAGCUUGACCCUGCACCACUCAGUAGUGCACUGUGAGAAGGGGCGUGUCUUCUUAGUGGAGGAGGCGGGUCCAGGUCCUGUCACUCAAGAGGAGGGCAUGUUCAGACGUGCUGCUGCUGUGCUCAUGUGCGCCUCCUACCGGAAUCAAGCAGUACAUGUGUUCACACGGCCAGCAAUGGUGGCAGUCGCUAUGGCAACAGCUGUAAGCAACAGAACAGAUGGCGUCUUCCAUCAUUUUAAGUUUCUCCUGGAGCUUUUUUCCAUUGAAUUUGUCUUCAUUCCUGGUCAAGCUGUUCAGGACUUUGAGGAGGGCUGUGGUUUGCUACAGCAGUGUGGUGUGAUCGAUCGCUCUGAUGCAGAGAUCCGAGUGAGAGACGGCGGUCAAGAAACCAUCGUCUUCCUCAAAGCCAUUCUGCAGCCUUUCAUUGAGAGUUACCAGGUGGUGUUCAGAUACCUGUGUGAAGAGAGCUCACAGACAUUCAGGGAGAAGAUGUUUUCCUCCAGCAUCCGCAGUUUCAUCAUGAAGCUCCUUAUUUCAGGUGACGUUCAGGCGUAUGAGUGUUUAUCCUCCGACCUGCAGAAGAAUAUUCUGGGCUUGCUCAGGAUGGCUGCUCUCACCAAAACUAAUGAUGACCAGAAUGAGUUCAGAGUGAAUAAACCUGCAGUCAAGAGAAUAUGGGACAUGCUGAAUAAUGGAUGGACACCUCAGAUCAGCGUAGACGCCAGACUGUGAUGUGAAGAAUAACAGCAACUCCUGAUUCUCUUAUUGUAGAAGUGGUAAUGUAGCUGGGUUUCCAUCAUAACAUGAAGAAAUUAUUUUUAAAAUUUGCCAUAAAAAAGGAAGGAAACUAAUCGCAAAUGUGAGUUAGCUGCAUUUCCAUCAAGUGUUUAGAGCAGCUCACUGUAGUAUUGGUAGCCUACAUACAUACAUACACACACACACACAUUUUUAU